UCUGGACUAGAUAUUGCCAUGGAGCUCUCCAAUGUUGACGCUCAGGUGAUCCUGAGUCAUGGACAGCGGCCUUUGACCUGCCCCUUUCCUCCAGGAGUCCAGCAGGCUCCUCCAGUAACUUCUGUACUGGAUGAUGGCACUCUAGAGUUCAAAAAUGGGGAGAGAACCAAGCCAGAGGUGUUCCUGUUUUGUACAGGCUACAACUUCACCUUCCCGUUCCUAGAUAAGAAAGUGGGUAUAAAAGUGCAGGAGCACCUCGUCUGGCCUCUCUAUAAGUUCCUAAUACCUCCAGCCUACCCUUCACUCUUUAUA